GUUGACGGCACCGAAGCCGCGUCUGCCGGACGCGGCGGUAGAGUUUGAACUGAACGGUCGCGGCCGCGGGGAUGCGCCCCGUGCUCAAGGCCGAGGCGCCGCCGGCGCGCGCGCACCGAGCCUUCGGUUUCGCUAUCUUUUUUUUACUUAUACGUAUACUUUGCGUCGUCUGCUAAAUUAAAUCGUGAUCCGUACACAAAAACACUCGUGCAACAGCUUGGACAGUACAUAAUUGAAGAUUAUAAAAAUUACAUCUAUUAUUCUUUUAUUUCGAAUAAGAGUCAAUUUUGAAUAAGAGGCACCACAUUUUCAAAUCAGAUGCUAUCAACACCAAUACGGAGACUAUGUCACUGGGGUCCAAUCUCCGUUUUAGGUAUCAUAAAACUUAUAACCUGGGCUAUGGUACAUUUCUUAGGAAUAUGGUGGCCGCCACAUGCAUCUGUAGGGGGUGCUAUUAAUGCUGUAAUAUUUUUAGCAUUUGCUGCUGCUACAUUGUACUAUUUUCUACAAUCUUUACUUGAAGGACCAGGGUUCGUUCCUGUUGGUUGGAAACCAGAGAAUGAGGGAGACAUAGAGUACUUACAGUUCUGCACAAUAUGCAACAGUUAUAAGGCACCUAGAUCUCAUCAUUGCAAGAAAUGUGGUCACUGUAUACUUAAAAUGGACCACCACUGUCCUUGGAUCAACUGUUGUGUGGGUCAAGCUAACCACUGCUAUUUCACAACUUUCCUGAUAUGUGCAGUUAUUGGAUGUUCCAUUGCUUCUGUGGAGCUGUCGAUAUGCAUGUACUACGCAAUCACGAGGACGCGCUUCAGUCCAGGAGGCGCGCGUCUACUCAUGCCGCUGGGUACGUUGCUGCUCACGUUAUUAGCCAUUGGCAUGGCUGUCGGCGUCGUGCUUGCUGUUGGAGCGCUACUUUAUUUCCAGGUAAGCGGCAUCCUCCGCAACCGGACGACCAUCGAAGAGUGGAUAGUGGAGAAGGCGGCGGCGAGGCGCGUGGAGCAAGGGCUGCCACCGUUUGUGUUUCCUUACGAUAUGGGCUGGCGGCAGAAUCUACAAGCUGUCUUACGUCCCUCCCACACCAUGUACUGGCCCGUCAGACCCGACUGCGGACAGUACGAUCUCACGCGUGAGCAACAAGCGCAAAAACUAGACAAGCGUCUCCGUUCCCGGUUGUAUCGGAUUACGGAGCCGUACUCCGGAUGGUGGGUGCCGCUGUUCCGGUAUCCGAAGGCGGCUGUCAACGUGCCGUGUACUGAUGAACAUCGUCUCGUACUCACACCUGGCGAUGUUGUAAGAGUCACCAGGCAACGAAGACAUUGGCUGUUCGGUGAGCGUGUUAUUGAGGGUGGGGGGGAGCGCGGCCCCCGCGGCUGGUUCCCGCGCGCCGCUGCCGAGCUUGCGCACGCGCACGCCGCGUGAACGUUACGUGCUAGCGGGGCAGGGGGAGGAGGGGGGAGAAAGGGCAGCAUAGCAAUAAUUAUUUACGGGAUUACUACAAUUGUACUCUAAUGGCGGGAUCAGCAGUAGCUCAGGGUUUCUCAAUGAAAUCGUGGGUGUAAUUCUUCAAACUCUCGAUUUUAUUGGCAAAUAUCAAAUCAUUGACCAUAAAUCAUCCGGAGAGUAAACCUACCUAUAGUAAUGUGCACGGACGUUACAUUACCUUAAUUUUAUUGGGUCUCAUUUUAACAACCAUAUAAUUAACUAUUACUCUGAUAACGUGCAAAACUCUAAUGGAUCAUUUAUAAUGAUCUAUAUAUGGCGUCUCUCGGCUGAUAUGAUGAUGAUGAUAUGGUUUGCACGCUUAAUGUGGCUGAUAUGAUAUUUGGCCCUCUUUGUCACUGGUCGUUUAAUGGUAUCUAUUCUAUUGCACAGACCAAACUAAAUUUAAUUUCAAUUCUAUCAAACUGCAUUUUCAAUUUUGUGAAUAAAUAAGACAAACAAAAUUUCAAUAUAAUAAUAUACAGCACCGUUGUAUUAUAUAUCUUUAUAUUUUUGAUUACAAAUCACAAACAGCCAGUUGCAUACACAAUCAUUAAAAUUUUCAUUACUUUAAAGUGACAUUACCCAUACAAAUUUGACAAUCAUUAGAGCUUAAAGGCGUCAACAAACCUUAAUGGAUGUUUGUGCAACUGACCGUAUGAGUAUGAAAUAAUACUGUUAAUAAUAAUACUAAGCUCUUUAUUUUCAGUUACCAGUCAUAGUAGAAUACUCAGAAUUUAAAUUAAUUCUAACGGUCUUAUCGAUCAAUGAAAAUGAGCCAUAACUGCUGGACAAUGAGUUGUCGUCAAACAUACGGUUAAAUUUGAUACUUGUCCCUUUGAAGAAAGUAAACUAUUGUUAUAGCAAAUUAUAUAAUUUAUAAAGAUUUAUUGAAUCAAUUAAUAAUAGGUUGCAAUAAUGCUUGAGUAUUUUAAAAAAAUAUUUUUUUUCCUCUUUUUUUAAGCAAAAUCAUUCAAUUGUUGUAGAAUUUUAUACUUUUACACCCCUGACUAU